ACAUUUAAGACUUUUUUAAAACUGUUUGCAGCCAUUUUAUGCCAGAUUGAAGUAACUAAACCGCCUUCAGGUUGUUUCACACAAUCUAAUCAUCAGCAGCCAUUUUGCAAAUAACUGCUUCUGCUAAUGUGCUAACAGAAAGGCUAAUCUUUAGCUUAGCACUUUUACAAAUAUUCUGGUGAAUAAAAUUAAAAAUCUGUGUUGAAGGUUUGGUGAUCAUCUCAACUGUUACGAAAUCUUCAAAUACUGUAGUCAUGCUCUUAUUUUGAAGGGGUGAAAACAGUCUAUGAAAACAAGGAAACAUAAUCUUAAGACAUUAUAGAACAUGCUUAUCAUUAGCUUCCGCUAAAUACUCUGUUAGCAUUAGCAGAAGUGUAUAAUUAAUGCUUUGGGUUUUUUUAGUCAGCUGUAUUUCAGUAUCUAUGUACAUAGAAACAAAAGGAGAUUCUAGUUUUAUUUUUCUGUUUUCCUUUAUGAGAUUAAAGCAACAACGUUUCCAUCAGCAGAUCCGUUAAAACAAUGUUGAAUGUUUUAUUAAGUUUGUCCACAAGGGGGCGCUGGAGUCUAAGAUGCAAACAUGUUUCCACUCAUUAAAGUCUUCAUUAAUCAGCCUGUUUACAGAGUUAAUAAGGUUAAAAACUUUUAAAGUGUCGCAGUGAGAGAACAGGAGGGUGGAGUUAUGCACAGAACAAAAUGAGAAUUAUUUAUUUUAUCUGAUAAUCUGGAAUUAAAAUAAUAAAAUCACAUCCCUGCUUCUCUAAGUCCGUUUGUUUCUGCUCUGAACUCCAGAACGAGAAUCUCCCACAUUCCCCAGAGCAUGACUGCGUGUUUGCUUGAGAUAAACCAGGCGAGGAGGACAAAGGUCAAGUUCAAAGGUCACCCAGAGGUGUGUGUUAGUGGCCAGGAAGCAUGUGAAGCAGCGACUCGGACUCUGAGGACGACGGUUUGCUGAGUGGAUGAUGGUUUUCCUCCGGCGGACGGUGCUGCUUCGCUACCUGCUGCUGUCCACCGCCCUCGCCCUCCUCCUCUUCCUCACCUCCUUCUGGCUCCCUCAGGGUGAACAGAGAGACUGCGGCUCAGUGUGGCAGCCAUGUUUGACGUAUUACAUCCAGACGCCUCUAGCCCCGCCCAUCCUGGAUGAGAGGGCGGAGUCAGACGAAGCCCCGCCCCUCGUCAGAGAAUGUCCUGGUCAGGUGUUUCAGGCCCGGAAGCUGCUGCAGUUCCUCCGGUCCAGCCUGGCUGAGGACGGCGAGGACGUCCUGCUGGAGCCGUACCUGCUCAGCUGGGACCAGCUGCUCAAUUUCAUGGAGUCUCUGGGAACGAUGGUCAGUUUCUUUUCUCAGAAAGUGAGAGAAAAGACCGAACUGAUCCGACAGCUCUCCCUGAGACGCAGCUCAGAGUCCAAAUCAGCAGCUUCCUCUGGACUACAAACCCCAGCAGCAUUCGGAUUAAAAACCGGGGUGUAUCGAUCUGUCCGGUCCAUGGUGGAGGCGGAGCUUCAGGCGGGAACUGUCAGCUUCUCCCACCGAACAGACUCAGGCUGCCGGACGCUGCUGCGGCUGCAUCGCUCGCUGCUCUGGCUGAAGCUGAUGCUGGAGGGUUUGUCUGAGGGUCCAGACGCUGAGGGACGAUUCAAAACGCCCGGAGAGCUCAGCAGAGACGCCUAUAAGGUGGCGUUGGCCCCCCACCAUCCCUGGAUGCUCCGCCAGGCCGCAGAGAUUGUCUUCCUCGCUCUUCCUGACAGAAAGUACUUCCUGCAGCUGGUGUGUGUGCAGAAACAGGAAGAGGCAACACCCGUGCUGCGCAUCAUCAUCCACGCGCUCUCGGUGGUGCACACGCGGACUCAACGCCUCCUGGCGAAGUACAACAUGUUGGAGCUGCCCUGAGGUGGAGACUUCCUGUCGUCACCCAGACAGACAGGAAAACAGCAGCGAGUUCAAAUCACUGACUGAACCCUUUGAGUAAAAAUAUAUCCGUUUUUUAUUAGAGGUUAUUUAUAUUAGUCAUUAAAGGACUAAAACAUCACAAGACAAAACAUUGUCUCAGUCAAUAAUUGAGACCAAACAGGAGGAAAACUCGACUCAUUAAUGGAAACAAGAACAAAAGAAGUUUGUGACACUUUAACAAGUCAAGUCUGUGAUUUUCUAAACCUGUAAAGUUUCAGUUUCAGAACCGAAGCAGCUCUGGUGAAAGUCACUGAGGAUCAUUUCUCUGAUAAUGGACUUGUGUUAGUUCUGGUUGUAACUCAGC